ACCGUUUAUCCUACUGCACAGAGGACAUGAGAGUAACCUAUAUUUAGAUUUCCUGUGAGAGAUAAUAAUUAGGCAUCAUCACCUCAUCCUUGGGGCGGAUCAGGUUGGAUACACUCCAAGGUAGGUAGGCUUCAUCGUGCCUUGAUAUGACGGUGUUAUAGUGGUUGCUUUGAUAGGUGGGGUUUAUUUACGCUAUCUAACACAUAUACAUGUGGAUAUUAUCUAUUUCGUUUGAAGCAAUUGCAUGGAGCAUUAUUUCCCCCAGCUUUUAUCAAUAGGAUGCGUGAUUGCUUUACCUCAAGCUUUACUGUCACGAUUCCUUUCGACUAUAAUUAGAUAUUCAAAAUCUGCACCCAAUUGAUAACACAAGACUUGCUUCUCUUUAGGUAUCACUGAUCCCCGCCCCCUGUAUAAGGGAAAGUAGCCUAGUCAUUCCGUUUUUUUUUUUUUACUGAACACCAAGUUGCAAGUCGCAUCCAGUUGGAGGAUAUCUGGACACCUCUCUCUCUCCAUCACGUUAGAAGGUCUCCAUCAUGAACUACCUGCGUCGACGCCUCUCGGACAGCAAUUUCAUGUCCAACCUGCCCAAUGGCUACAUGACGGAUCUCCAACGCCCCGACGCGCCGCAGCAAAGCCCCGCAGUGUCGCCCGGCCCGACGGAGAGGCGGCAGUCCACCAGCCAGCCGCAGCCGCAGCCGCAGCCGCCGCAGCAGCAGCAGCAGCAGCAGCAGCAGCAAACUGGAGGUGGAGGCUCAGGCUUCUUCUCCUCCAUAUCAAAUGCUGUCAAACAGACCACAGCUGCUGCGGCUGCGACCUUAUCUGAGGCAGCUGACCGGGCAGGAGUCUCCAGCAGCGCCAAGAUCCUCCUGGUUAUCGAUGACCAGCAGACCGACUGGGUAAAGGUCUUCAGAGGAAGAAAGGUGCAUAAUGAAUUUGACAUCAAGGUGGAACAGGCAGAAUUCUCUGAAAUUAGCCUGGUGGUGAACUCCACUGGCACUUACAAUGUGGACAUUGAUGCAAUCAGGAAUGGGCAUAAGGUUACUAAAUCCCUUAAGCCAGACUUUGUGCUGAUCAGACAGCAUGCCUUCAGCAUGGACAAGAAUGGAGACCACCGGAACAUAGUGAUUGGACUGCAGUAUGCUGGACUGCCAAGUGUUAACUCUUUGCACUCUGUCUACAAUUUCUGUGACAAACCCUGGGUGUUUGCUCAGAUGUCUAGACUUUCCAAGCAACUGGGCUCAGAGGAGUUCCCUCUGAUAGAGCAGGUUUACUACCCAAACCACAAGGAAAUGAUUACCUCCCCCUGCUUUCCUGUAGUGGUAAAGAUGGGCCAUGCUCACUCAGGAAUGGGAAAGGUGAAAGUCGACAAUCAAUAUGAUUUUCAAGAUAUUGCCAGUGUUGUGGCACUGACCAAGACUUAUGCCACAUCCGAGCCCUUCAUUGAUGCAAAGUAUGAUGUCCGCAUCCAGAAGAUCGGCAGCCAUUACAAAGCUUACAUGAGAACAUCAAUUUCUGGCAACUGGAAAACCAACACUGGCUCAUCUAUGCUUGAGCAGGUGGCCAUGUCAGACAAGUACAGAUUGUGGGUGGACUCUUGUGCUGACAUCUUUGGAGGGUUGGAUAUCUGUGCUGUGGAGGCUCUCCAUGGUAAAGAUGGCAAGGACUACAUUAUAGAGGUUGAUGACUGUUCGAUGCCACUGAUUGGAGACCAGCAGGACGAGGAUCGUGUUCAGAUUGCAGAGCUGGUGAUUUCUAAGAUGAACCAGGCUGUUCCACGCACUUUGAGCUCUUCCACAGCAGGGCAGCCUGCACAGAAAGCAGUGUCUCCUCAGCCUGUCUCACAGCCCAAAGUACCACAGGCUCAACAGCGCCCAUCACCUCAGGGUGGUCCUCAGCAAAGUCCCCCAUCUCAGCAGCGCCCACAGCCUCAAGGCCAACCUCCUGCACAGGUCCAACAAUCUGCUGUAAACCCAGCAACCGGGGACCCCAGUGCUCAGGCUAAGGCUAACCAACCACCUGCAGCCCAGCCACGGCCGCCAGGUCAGGGAGCCCCUCAAGGCCAGAGACCUACUUCUGGUCAGGGUUCUCCUCAGCGAAGCCAGGGAGGUUCACCCCAAGCUCAGAGGCAGCAGUCUGUCUCCCAGCAGAAAACUCAACAGAGGCCUGCACAGCCUCCUAGACAGCAGUCCCUGGGGGGGGCGCCGCAACAGAGGGCUCCCGGCCAGCAAGGUCGCCCUGGAGGACCAACCACCCAGCAGCCCCGACCUGCUGCUCAAGGCCAUGGGGGCCCAGGAGGACGACCCCCGCUGCAGCAAAAGCCUCAGCCCCCGAACAAGCCCAGUCAGGACAACCCGGCUAUGGGCGGUUCUCCACAACUAAACAAGUCCCAGUCUCUUACCAAUACCUUCAACAUUCCAGAAACCCCAGCGCCACGAGCCAGCCUUAGCCAGGAUGAGGUGAAGGCUGAAACCAUACGCAAUCUACGCAAAUCUUUUGCCAGUCUCUUCUCAGACUGAGACGGCACAAGCCCCCCUCCUCUCCUCCUACUGACAGAACGAUGGACAGGCAAACUGAAGGACAGAUUCCCCCAGCAAACAACGACCAACAGGAUACAAUUCAUGUACAUUGACCAUGAUAUGAAAAUGUACACACUGCCUAAAUAGUUAACACCUUUUAAAAUGAACAAAAAGUAGAAUACACAGUUAAUUUAGGCGCUGAUAUCUGAAACAUUCCUUGCCUCGCCUCGACACUAACAAAUCCCAGAACAAAGCCUGUAUAUGCAUGAACACUCUUACACAAAGAUAAGAAACUAAACAACAAAAAUACUGCUCCCACUUGUUUGUAGGUGCCGUGAAGUCAUUGUGAUCUUUAUUUUUGCAUUUUGGUCGGUUUGCUAACUAACUGAAUAAAUUAAGGGACUGUACAAAAAUCAUUUGGGAGUAGUGGAGUUCUAAAUCUUAUAUUUUAUUUUAUAGCAAAAACCAAGGC